AUGGCUAAGGGGGGACAUUCACAUCGUUCUACAUUGAAGAACGACCACAAGCCAUUCAAGUCAAAGCAUGCAUCCAAGGGACAAUUGAAAAACCAGCACAAGGGUAAGGUGGAAAAGUCUGCUGCCGGGGGCUCCAAGUCCAAGGUCCUCAGUAAGAUCGAAAGAAAGAACUUAUCCAAGCAAUUAAAAGAGAAUAAGAUUUUGGAGUCCAAGAUGACCAGAAAAUUGUUCGAGGGCUCCCAGGGUGCCGAGAAGAUCGUCACUGUAAUUGCAUUAACCAACGACAUCGAUGCUGCCCAAAUCGCCCAAAAGUUGUUGGAACAAGAGUUGACCCAUCCCCUCGCCACUCCCUCUGUCACCAACGUCAAGGUAACAAAAUUCAAGUCCAACUUGAAGGUCAUCAUUCCCGACCAUAACGAUAUGCUUGCCAUUCUUGAUGCGGCCAAGGUUGCCGAUUACGUUGUUUUUGGUAUUUCUGCCACAGAGGAGGUUGAUAAAGCAUUUGGUGAGCAGGUUUUGCGUGCUCUUACUGCCCAGGGUAUUGCCUCCGUUAUCGGAGUCUUGCCAAAUGUUGUCAGCGCAUACCCAAAGAGAAACCUUCAAAUGGAUAUCAGACAAUCGUUACAAUCGUUCUUCAAUCAUUUCUUCCCUAACGAGGACAAGCUCUACGCCUUGGAGGCUGACUCGGAGAACUCCAACUGUUUGAGAACAAUCUGUCAAAAGUUUCCUAAAUCCAUCAAGUGGAGAGAUGCAAGAGGCUACAUGGUGGCCGACAACGCAUACUGGUCUGGAAACGAAGAUGGAACGGUUGUUCUUGAAGGUACUGUCAGAGGUAUCGGUUUCAACGCCAACAGAUUGGUGCACGUUCCUGGCUUUGGAGACUUCCAGAUCGAAAAGAUCGAAAAGUUACCCAAGGGUCGUGCUAACAUGGACAUCGAUACUGAGUUUUACGUUCCAGAUGAAAACCAAGAAACCUUGGAGGAACUCAACCCUGAGGAGAUCGAGAUGGACGAUGACAUGGACUUCUACAAUGAAGAUAAUGACCUUGGAGUCAGAAUGGACGGUAGAACCUAUUUCGACGACGAUGGAGUCAAGAGAAGCGAACACAAGAAAUUGCCAAAGGGAACCUCAGAAUACCAAGGAAGAUGGUUUAUCAACGAUGUUUUGGAAGAUGCAUCUGAUUUGGAAAGUGACGAAGAGCCCAUGAUUGAGGAAGUCGAUAUGGAAGAAGACAUGGUUCCAGCCGAGCCCACUGGCACUGAAUACGCCCCCACCGAAUUCACAGAAAUGCAUGUUGAAUUAACGCCUGAAGAGGAAGAGAGACAGUUAGCGGAAUACCGUCAAUUGGAAAAGGACGAUCUCGAAUUCCCUGACGAAAUCGAAUUGAAUCCUUCGGAGUCCGGUAAAGAGAGAUUGGCUGCUUUCAGAGGAAUCAAGUCCUUGUACAACUGUGACUGGGACUACGACGAGCACGACGUGGAGUCCCCCAGUAUCUGGAAGAGAUUGUUGAGGAUUUCCAACUACAAGGCCACCAAGAAUAGAGUCACCAAGGAGGCCAUUAAAGAGGUCCAGGUAAACAUUGGAGAAAAGGCCAGAAUUUUCAUCAAAGCUCCAGCUUUCAUGUUGGAAAAAUUCAACUGCAAUGUGCAGCCAUUGACAAUCUACGAGUUGUUCCAAUACGAACACAAGUUGGCUGUGUGCAACUUCUCUUUCCAAUCUUGGGAAGACUAUGAAGCCCCAGUUCCCUCCAAGGAGUCUUUGGUGGUGCAAUACGGGCCAAGAAGACAAGUCAUCCAACCUGCAUUCAACCAAGCAUCCAAUAACUCCAAUAAUGUGCAUAAAUACGAGUCGUUUGUGCAUCAAGGAAACACGUCCAUUGCCACUGCCAUCGCGCCAGUAUUGUUCAACAGUGCUCCUGUGAUCUACUUCAAGCCAGCACAAGAGGGAGGCAUCGAAUUCGUGGGCCAGGGAACCUUCUUGAACUGUGACCACACCCGUGUAGUUGCUCAGAGAGCUGUCUUGACUGGCCAUGCUAUCAAGAUCCACAAGAGAGUUGUUACUGUUCGUUACAUGUUCUUUAAUGCUGAGGACAUCAACUGGUUCAAGGCCAUUCCUUUGUUCACCAAGUCUGGAAGAAGCGGGUUCAUCAAGGAAAGUCUUGGUACUCAUGGUUACUUCAAGGCACAAUUUGACGGUAAAUUGAGCUCUCAAGACGUUAUCGCCAUGAGCAUGUACAAGAGGGUGUGGCCCGACGUGUCCGCAGCUUUCGAAUGA